AUGGAAAAAUCUCAAUCCAAGCAGAAAAGCAACACAAAGGUAGCUCAGCAUGAAGGUCAAGAGGAAGUGGACCCCACCUUCAAAACAAAGAAACACAGGGAUAUGGAGCUGAUGAAGCACAGAGUCCAGCCAGAGAGGGACUCUAAGAUAGUUCUGCUCAAACUUUUUCUUCCCUUUCCAGAAGUUUAUAUAAAGAAAGGAGAAGAGACUCUUUCUUCUAUACUGUCAUUGAAAAAGGAAAAUUUAUUCCAAAAUUUCACAAACCUACUACUCUUCCGAAAAUUGUACCCAAGAGGCUCAGAGAACUGGGUCAGGAAAAACUGGCAUCCAUGUGUACCAGAAGAAGGAGGACAUAUGAUUGAGAUCCAAGACUUAUUUGGCCCAAACAUAGGUACCCAGAAAAGGCCUCAAUUAGUCUUAAUAGAAGGGGCUCCUGGGACUGGGAAGUCAACACUAGCCAGGCAUGUGAGGAGAGCCUGGAAGAAAAGUCACCUCUACAGGGAUCGCUUCCAGCAUGUCUUCUUCUUCAGCUGCAGAGAGCUGGCCCAGUGCAAGCAGCUGAGUCUGGCUGAGCUCAUAGCACAAGGCCAGGAUGUGCCCACAGUUUCUAUCAGUCAGAUCCUGUCUCACCCCGAGAAGCUGCUCUUCAUCCUGGAUGGCAUAGAUGAGCCAGCAUGGGUUUUGGGGGAGCAGAAUCCUGAGGUCUGUCUGCACUGGAGUCAAAGACAGCCUGUGCACACACUGCUGGGGAGUUUGCUGUGGAAAUCCAUCCUUCCUGAGGCUUCCUUCUUGCUUACAGCUCGGACAACAGAUAUACAGAAUUUCCUUCCUUCUUUGGUGCAGUUAUAUCAGGUGGACGUCCUAGGAUUCACUGAGUUUGAACGGGAGAAUUACUUCUACAAAUAUUUUGCAAGAGAAAGUGAUGCAUUUAUUGCAUUUAGAUUGGUUAAAUCUAAUCCUGUGCUCUUGACCCUGUGUGAGGUUCCCUGGGUGUGCUGGCUGGUCUGCACUUGCCUGAAAAAGCAGAUGGAGCAAGGUGGGGUACUCUCACUGACAUCACAGACCACCACAGCCCUCUGCCUGAAAUACCUUUCCCUGACAAUCCCAGGUCAGCCCCUAAGGAUCCAGCUCAGAGCCCUCUGCUCACUGGCUGCUAAGGGGAUCUUGCAAAGAAGGACCCUGUUCAGUGAAAGUGACCUCUGUAACCAAGGGUUAGCAGAGGAUGCCAUUGCCACUUUCCUGGAGAUUGGUGUCCUUCAAAAGCAGCCCAGCUCUCUGAGCUACAGCUUUGCCCACUUGUGUCUCCAGGAGUUUUUUGCAGCGAUGUCCUAUGUCUUGGAGGACAGUGAGGAAAGACAUGAUGAUAUGGAAGAUUACAGAAUUGUGGGAAAAUUGGUAAAACGGUAUGGAAGACAAUACCUGUUUGAGGCACCCAUUGUGCACUUCCUAUUUGGUCUUUUUAGUAAAGAGGGAUUAAAAGAAAUGGAAAAGUUCUUUUCAUGCAGCCUUCCUGGGAAGAGAAAGUCGAUACUGCUAAGGGAAGUCAUAUGGAGGUCCGAACCCCAUCAACCACAUUGUCUGGGUUUGCUCCACUGUCUGUAUGAAAGUCAGGAAAUGUAUCUCCUGCGAGAGGUGAUGCAUGACUUUCAAGGAAAAAUAAUAGUGCCUGGCCCAAAUGACAUUGGACCCACAGUGGUCCAAACAAAUGUGAAGUACCUGGUGAUACAGACAGACAUGGAGCUCAUGGUGGUCACUUUCUGCAUUCAGUUCUGCUGUCAUGUGAGGAGUCUCCAGCUGAAUAUGGAAAAACAGCAAGGAUAUGCACUGAUGGCACCAAGGACGGUCCUGUGCAAGAGGACCCCAAUCGCUGAUACCAGUUGGAAGAUUUUCUUCUUCAAUCUUAAGUACUAUAGACACUUGGAGGAGCUGGACCUAAGUGGAAAUCCACUAAGCUACUCUGCUGUACACAGUCUUUAUGAGGCCCUGAAAUACUCUUGCUAUGAACUAAAGACCUUGUGGCUUGUUGACUGUGGCCUCACAUCCACACACUGCUCACUCCUGGCCUCAGUUCUCAUUGUCCACUCCAGCCUGACUGAGCUAGACCUGCGGCUGAAUGACCUGGGUGAUGAUGGUGUGAGGGUGCUCUGUGAGGAACUCAAUAAUCUUGUGUGCGACCUCAGAAUCCUGCGGCUGGACCAGGCCUCUCUCAGUGACCAGGUGAUUAAAGAACUCAAGACUCUGGAGGCAAAGAAUCCAAAGCUGCUCAUCUCCAGCACAUGGAAAUCACACGUGAUGGUCCCUACUAAGAACAUGGAUGAAAAAGAAGUGGGUGAUAACCCAACCUCAUUCAAGCAGGAACAACAACAGUCAGGAGACAAACCAAUGGAACCUCUGGGGACUGAGGACGACUUCUGGGGCCCUACAGGACCUGUGGCUACUGAGGUGGUUGACAGAGAGAGGAACAUGUACAAAGUUCAAUUGCCCAUGGCUGGUUCCUACCACUGUCCCAGCACAGGACUCCACUUUGUGGUGACAAGGGCAGUGACAAUUGAGAUUGAAUUCUGUGCCUGGAGCCAAUACCUGGACAAGACUCCCUGGCAGCAUAGUCACAUGGUGGCUGGACCUCUGUUUGACAUCAAGGCUGAGCAAGGAGCUGUGACUGCUGUGUACCUCCCUCAUUUUGUGUCCCUUCAAGAUGGAAAUGUGGACACCUCCUUGUUCCAUGUUGCCCACUUUCAAGAACAUGGAAUGGUCCUAGAAAGCCCAGCAAAGGUGGAACAGCAUUACGCAGUACUAGAAAGCCCAAGCUUCUCCCCAGUGGGAGUUCUACUGAGAUUGAUUCCUGCUGUUGGACAAUUCAUCCCCAUCACUUCCAUCACAUUGAUCUACUAUCACCUCUAUUUCAAGGACGUCACCUUUCAUCUUUAUCUGGUCCCCAAUGACUGCACUAUUCGGAAGGCCAUUGAUGAGGAAGAAAUGAAGUUUCAGUUUGUGCGCAUAAACAAGCCACCCCCAGUGGACGCUCUUUAUGUUGGUUCCCGCUAUAUUGUGUCUGGCACCAAAAAGUUGGAAAUUAUCCCAAAGGAACUGGAACUGUGUUACCGAAGCCCAGGGGAAUCCCAGCUCUUCUCUGAGAUCUGCGCUGGACACAUGGUUUCAGGGAUUAAGCUGCAAAUCCGAGACAAGAGGCAUAUGAAGCUCAUAUGGGAGGCCUUGCUGAAACCAGGAGACAUCAGACAUGUACUACCUAUGGUUUCUCCAGCCCCCAAAGAUGCUCCUUCCAUGCUACACUUUGUGGACCAACAUCGGGAGCAGCUGGUGGCCAGAGUGACAUCAGUGGACCCUCUACUGGACAGGCUGCAUAAUCUGGUGCUGAGUGAAGAUUCCUAUGAGGCAGUGCGGGCUGAGACCACAAAUCAAGACAAGAUGAGGAAGCUCUUCAGCUUCAGCCGAUCCUGGAGUCAAGCCUGCAAAGACCAAUUCUACCAAGCUCUGAAGGAGACCCACCCUCACCUGGUUAAGGAUCUCCUUGAGAAGUCCUUAGAGUCCUGA